AUCGAUACCGUGAUCAUCGCAAUUACUUUCGUCAAGUCAAGGAAAGCGCUGCCGCGUAUCGUCGAGCUUCCGUCGAAUUUUUCGACUAUUUCCAACAGUUAGAAAGCAAUCAACUCCUUCGUAAAGCAUCCACCAGCUCAAGCAGAAAGUGAAACUGUUCGAAAACACGGAUCUCCCUGGAUAUGUGUAGCUAAUCGUGAAUUUUCAGUCGCAAAUAAUUUUCCCCCCUAUCCGAACACGCAACGAAAGGCGUUUCCCUGGGUCAUCUUUGUCCUGUUAGUUCCAUUGUUUUUCCUCCCCCGACCAGAAAUGUGUUGUUGAGCUCUGCAGCUGGCGAAGUGAAUUGUGUGGCCGUGUCGGGUGGCUUCCCAGCACAAUGAGGUUCAAACAGUUGCUACUGUCGCUAACGGUAGCAAUUCAGUACUACUUUGGAAUUGCAAACGGUUCGGAGGAUGAAGAACGACUGGUUCGUGAUCUGUUCCGGGGUUACAACAAACUCAUCCGGCCCGUUCAAAACAUGACCCAGAAGGUAGAUGUCCGCUUUGGAUUGGCUUUCGUACAACUGAUUAAUGUGAACGAGAAAAAUCAAAUCAUGAAGUCCAACGUGUGGUUGCGACUUGUUUGGAGCGAUUACCAGCUGCAGUGGGAUGAAGCCGAUUACGGUGGCAUUGGUGUUCUGCGUCUUCCUCCGGAUAAGGUCUGGAAGCCGGAUAUCGUACUGUUCAAUAAUGCCGACGGAAACUACGAAGUGCGAUACAAAUCCAACGUGCUGAUCUACCCCAACGGCGAAGUACUGUGGGUUCCCCCUGCCAUCUAUCAGAGUUCCUGUACGAUCGACGUCACGUACUUCCCAUUCGAUCAGCAAACCUGCAUCAUGAAGUUCGGCUCGUGGACAUUCAACGGCGACCAGGUUUCGCUGGCGCUGUACAACAACAAAAACUUUGUCGAUCUAUCCGACUACUGGAAGUCCGGUACGUGGGACAUCAUCGAAGUGCCGGCCUAUCUGAACGUGUACGAGGGCAACCCGACCGAAACGGACAUCACCUUCUACAUCAUCAUCCGGCGGAAGACACUGUUCUACACCGUCAACUUGAUCCUGCCAACCGUGCUCAUUUCGUUUCUGUGCGUGCUCGUGUUCUACCUUCCGGCCGAAGCCGGUGAAAAAGUAACCCUAGGCAUUAGCAUUCUGCUGUCACUGGUUGUGUUCCUGUUGCUGGUUUCGAAGAUUCUACCACCGACCUCACUCGUACUGCCGCUAAUUGCUAAAUAUCUCCUGUUCACCUUCAUCAUGAACACGGUAUCCAUUCUGGUCACGGUCAUCAUCAUCAACUGGAACUUUCGGGGACCUCGAACUCACCGGAUGCCGAUGUGGAUCCGGUCCGUUUUUCUACACUAUCUACCGGCGAUGCUGUUGAUGAAGCGCCCUCGCAAGACACGUCUCCGUUGGAUGAUGGAAAUGCCUGGUAUGAGUAUGCCACCGCAACCGCAUACUCAUCCCUCGUACGGAUCGCCGGCGGAGGUACCGAAACACAUCAGUGCCCUGGGAGCGAAACAAUCCAAGAUGGACGUGAUGGAACUGUCCGAUCUGCAUCAUCCGAACUGUAAAAUGAACCGCAAGAUGAACAGUGGUGACCUGGGGCUUGGUGUGGAUCCGUGUCGCCGGGAGAGCGAAAGUUCCGAUUCGAUUCUGCUGUCGCCGGAGGCAAGCAAAGCUACCGAAGCCGUUGAAUUCAUUGCUGAGCACUUGAGGAACGAGGAUCUGUAUAUUCAGACCCGCGAGGAUUGGAAGUACGUCGCAAUGGUGAUCGAUAGAUUGCAGCUGUAUAUUUUCUUCAUUGUGACCACUGCCGGUACGGUUGGAAUCCUGAUGGAUGCGCCCCACAUUUUCGAGUACGUCGACCAGGAUCGCAUCAUCGAGAUUUAUCGGGGCAAGUAAGCUGGACACGCUCUAUUAUUGAUCUCAAGAAGCAGCGGGACGGGAGACGUUAUUGUUGUUGGAAUAUUAGGUUAACAUUUGCUCAAGUGUGGGUGUUUUUUUACGUACUACCUGUAGAGGGCCGAGAGGAAACCGAAGGAUUUUUAACCGUUCAGCACUAGCAAAGACUACGGGUUCAAUAGAAUUCGAGAGAUUAAUUAAGCCAAUUGGAAGCACAGAUCGAGGGUCUUUAAUUGAACCGAUCUGAUGUCCAAUAACUAAAGUAGUUAAAUGUGUGUAGGUAAAAUUAUGUUACUGGCUUCCAUCGCUAAGUUUGAUGUUUUAGAUUUAAAACUAACAGAAUAAGGAACAGAUGGAGAGCCCUUUAACCGAAAACAACCUUAAUAGGAGAUUAUAAUAAAUCACUUGAGUUACUUUACACAAUGAAAUGUUUCCAAAUAAGCGAGUUUUAGGAAAGUAUUCAAACGCCAGCCAGUUUUUGAGUUGCAUAACGAAAAAUAAAUAGCAACGAGAAUGUCUGCAAUUUAAGACACUUAGAAGAAAAACAAUUUUUUUCGAAACACUAUACUGAGCAGCAUUUGUAAUAAUCUAAAACAAAAAAAACCAGUGACGACAUAAACAUAUUAAAAAUCAACAAUAAUUAGGCUACUACUGCAAAAAAAACGUGUGGAAAAAAUGCUACCAUGUCUCAAUAAUAAGAAAAUACGACUACAUUCACACUUCAUGAACGAGCAGCAAACCACACAUAAAUAAUACAGAAAUAAUCUUUCGAUACCUAACGAGAAAAGCAAACAAGCGAAUACAUAAUUAAAACACAUAGCUAACUGAAGUAAACUGAAAACGAUUUUUGUGCACAAAACGUUAAAAACUACAGAUAAGUAGGUAAUGAAUAGCAAAAAAAACAUUAACACUCAACGUUAUAUUGGUAAGCAUUUUUAAGAAGAAAAACAAAAGGUUAUAACAAUAAAGAAAGUAAAUAGUUCGUAUUAAA